GCGCCCGCUCCUUUUGCUCAAAUGGACAAGAUGAAGUCCAGAGGCAGGAUGGGAGUUGGAGUCAAAAGAGCGAUGAAGGUAACUGCGCUGAAGGACUACAGCCCCCAGACUUCAUUGCGCUCAAAGUACCGCGUUUACUUGUAGUGCGGUGUUGCCAAGGUGUCCGAUGUAAUCCGUUUGUGGGGACCGGUUCUGCCAACGCCGGUGCCACCAGGGGCAAAGCAACUACCAUGGAUACAGCCGCCAAAGUGGAGACGCUGUUCUCCUUGGAACUGUUAGUGGACUACGUGAACGUUGGACCUGAAACCCAGCCUGAGCCCGGCCCUUUGCUGGCGGUGGCCUUCAGACUGCUGGACUUCCCCACACUCUUGGUCCAUCAGACCGAGCCGCAGCGAGCGGAAGCCCUGCGGCGGAGCUGGGAGCGUGGGCAGGAGAGACAGGCACCCGUGCGAACGGGGGCCCGCACUGGCAUCACUUUCAAUAAAGGCAAGUCCUGCCUGUUCAAGAUGGGGAUGUCAACCCUUCACCGCCAUCUGACCAACACCCCUCUGUACGCCAUGCUACUAGACGUGUCACAGCAAGUACCCAAAUUGGUGGGAAGUUGCCUGAUCUCGAUGGCGAAUGCCGUGGAGAAAAUCAGAUUGGAUGUAGAGGGACGCGGCAUUACAACACCAUCCAUGCAAGGGAAGAGGGGCCUGUACCCUCUUUAUAAUCUGAUGGGUGUCGAGAUUGGCCAAAUAUCGGCAGGAUAUAGACUUAUGAGUUUGGGAGUUGGUUUGCUGCCGCAUAUUCCAAAAAACCAGGUCCUGAAGGCUGAAAUGCAAAACACGGACUUUGCACACCUGCCCAGUGAAGGACAGGUGCCAGAACAAGGGGAGAAUGAGAAGGUGGCAGAUCAAGGCACUGGACACAUUCCGACUGACUCUGAAAAGUACCCCAACCACAUUUCUGGUGACCAGGCUGUUGAAGGUAGACAGUUUGAACAGAUCAAAGAGCCUGUUAUUAUUUCUGUUUUAAAGGGGGACCAUAAGCUGAACACAUUAGCAAAAGCAGCAUCUAAGAUUAAACAACAGGUUCUGAAAUUCGAACCUACUGUGGAUAUCAAAGUGGACAAUGUUUUUUGUCCACCCCCUAUGUACUACAGCCAAUCAAAGGAAGGGCCCAAAGAGAAGGUCUCUGAAAUGUGGAAAACAAUGGAGCCUGAGGAAGAGUCAGCUCUUCUUGAGGAGCUGGAUUCAGAUGAAAGUGAAGAAUUGUUCAACAUGAACCAAAGUGAUUUUAAGUUGCCCAAAGGUCACUCAGAAGCAACAGGUACAUUAAAAAAACAAGUUCAAAAGAGUCCUGCCAAUUCUGAUGCAUAUAAUACCAUCAGACAGUUGCCUCUGCUGAACGCACUCCUACUGGAACUUUCUUUGCUACAUCAUGAGCAGUUACCUCAGCAGAUUCCUCUCGUUGUUCAUCCUCAGCUUGCUUGGCUUUAUAGUAAUUUGAAGCAUGAUUCACUGGAAUUUUAUGAACCAACCAAAUCAACAAUACAACAAUCUAAUUCACAUUUUAAGCAGCAGAAAGAAGUUCAAAAGCAACCUGUAUCUCCUAGAAACUUUGAUAAAGAAAAUAACCCAAGGCGAUGUAAUGCAAAGAAAGAUUUGGAACAUCCCAAAAGAAAGUUGAUGUAUGGGUUAACAAAUACAUUACGGUUAAGGCUCCAACAGACAAAUCCAGGCAUGUUGAUAGUGCAUGAACAGAAAGAGUUGUCCAGAAGAAGACAAUUGAAACAACUGAAAGAGAAGAUUGGUCAAAAAUGUCGUGAAGGCAAAGGGGAAAGGAGUUCUUCAACUCUUCAAAAAGGCCAACAACUUUCUGGUGGCAGAGCUAAAGUAAACGCUGAAACAUUGAUUCAAAGCAGCAUCAAACCUGACACUGCUUAUCCUUCAAAUGUCCAGAGAAGUGGAAAGCUUAUGGAUAAUAAUAGCUUUGAAGCAACUUUGAGACGGGGAAGUGCCACUAGAACAGGAAAGACAUCUGUUCGACCUCCAGGCCCACUAGAUUACAAUGUGGAGAUUUCAGAUUUACAGAUGGCUAAUGACAGGAACCUUUACCAAAAAGAUAUAAAAGUCAGACUGCCUGAAAUAAUCAACCAUGAUUCUGACCGCAGUGUGAAUGAGAUUUAUUGUAAAGCAGUGGAUGUUCCAAAUAUGAAUCCUGGCAUUACUAGUGAUCCAAUAAUAGUUGAAAAUGUUGAUGCACAGAUUUCUUACAGUAGCUGUGAUGAACCCAAGUAUUCAGAGGACUUCACAAGCCCUGAACCAACUGGCAACUCAGAAGAUUUUACCAGUCCUGAACCUACAAAUAGAUAUGCAGAUACUUUAGGUAGCAGUCCAGAAGCUGAAACUAUUAGGGUGAAGCACAGAUGUUCUAACAAUGAAUUGGAUUCGAGCCUUUCCAAAUAUUCCAGUGACAAUCAGGGGGCAGCUCAAAGUGAGACAGAAGAUGAUUCAGUCCCACUGCUGGCACUCUCUAAGCAAUCUCCAAUUCAAUCAUUAAAAGGUACAAGUCUUGUAAGUAGUCACCAUCAGAGAAUGACAUUGUCUUCAACAACCUCAAAUCUAUCUGAAGAAGCAACCAGCUUGACAGAGGAAAAUCAACCGAAAAAAAUACUGAACCCAUCAAACAAACAAGAGACUGAGAAACAACUUAAGUCAAUUGUUCAGUCAGAUUCUGGAUUUGACAUCAAUCGAGCUAGCCCUGAGGUCCUUCAACUUUCAAGUUCAAGGAAUGGUCACAGGUUACUGGAGGAGAGCCAGUCUUUGGGGAUAUCUCAGGUGAGCUCUUACGCACCAUCCAGUGAGUUUGAUCUCGUCUGCAGUGGACUUGGCAUAACUGCAAAGGAUAUUCAAACAGAUGAAAUUAAUGAAUUGGGAAGCACAGGAAUAGUUAAUGAAUGCAGACAUAUUUCUGAACUAGUAGCCAACAAGCUUCCUGGAUAUACUUUAUGAUCUAUCACCAUAGUUCUUGAGAUUUCCACGAAUGUGAAUGUGUACUCAGCAACAUAAAAGUGUCUUCUAACUUGUUAUAUUUCAGUUACGCUUGGGAACAUUUUAUCUGCAAAUAUACUAUGUAUCAUGUACAGUAUGUGACUAAAUUCAUACUAGAUUGAAUUCUCAGACUUCACCUGAAAGUAUUCUAUUUCUCAACCUCUGUGACUACUUUGAUGUAACAAUACCCUCCUUCUUAAAAGCUUUCCUCCAUUGUCCACUCUUAUGCUUUCCUUGUUUUCUACUUAUUCAAUUGUAGCAUUAAAAUUUAUAACAAUUCCUGCUCUUUCCAAUCUUGGACCUCAAUUCUCCUGAGGACCCCUUCAUUUCAUCCUCUAUGUGCUGCCCCCUGCAAGCAUUACUUGUUUGAUUGGGUUCGAACUGCAUGUUAACAAGCCCCGCCUAUGUCUGCCAGCAUUUUUCUUGAGCCUGCUAUUCCUUAUGUUGUAAAACCUUUGUUUCACAACCACCCUAAACAUAAAAUUCUACAACUGGAGAAAGAAAAGCAAUUGUUUUCACACCCAUCACAAAUUCUCUGCAACUCCAUUCCUCUCUUCUGCCACAAUGAAUCUCAGGGUUGCAUAUGGUGACAUAUAUACUUCGAUCAUAAAUUUACCUUGAGCUUUGAUCUAUUCCAGCUGAAUCAAACUUUGCAUCCUUAAGACAUAGGAGCAGAAUUAGGCUAUUCAAUCAUGGCUGAUUUAUUAUCCCACUCAACCCCAUUUUCCUGCCUUGCCCCCAUAACCUUCGACACCUUAUUAAUCAGGAACCUAUCAACCUCUACUUCAAAUAUACCCAUUGCCCUGGCUUCCACAUCCAUCUGUGGCAGUGAAUUCCACAGAUUCACCACCCUCCUCAUCUCUUUUCUAAAGGGACAUCUAUUCUGAAGCUGUGUCCUCUGGUCCUAGACUCCCCCAUUAUAGGAAACAUCCUCAUCACGUUUAUUCAAUCUAGGCCUUCCAAUAUUCAAUAGUUUUCAAAGAAUGUUCUCCCCUCAUUCUACUAAACAGGUAAAUACAGGCCCAAAGCCAAGAUGGCCUCAGGCUUUUAGUGUCAUUGACACAAAUUUCUCUAUUUCCAUCACUUGCUUCUGCUCCUAACUCAGUUUAUUUGGUGGUCCUGGAUUCUCCUUACAUGUUUUCAUCAAGCUUUCAGAUUUAAUCCUUCUAUUCUCUGGACUAGUCGUCAUUUUAUCACUCACUCUCAAUGAACUUUAUCUUAUCCAAACUCUUCCAAGUAGGCUGUGUUCCACAUAAUAUCUCACUUGUGUAUCAUUCUGGUUCAUAAUGAACUAUCUAAACAGUUUUCCAGAAGUUCAAGCUACAUUAAAUAGUAUCCUCGUGUUUAAUUUUUCCAUAACCUGUAAGUACAGCAAAUACUAAGAUGUUGCAAUAACCUAAAUUCUGACUCUUGUAUUUUUCUCUCCACUUCCUCCCACCAUUCGAAGCUGACCUUUGAGUCAUAUGUAUCGCAUACGUCCCCAUUACCAAAGAAUUUAAUUAGCAAUUUCUACUGAAAAUGAAUUGUGAUAUCAGGCAGCAUAACUUCAGUAGACUGGGGAAAGCAUCAAAAAUUGUCUGAGAAAUCAAUUUUUGUGGAUAACAUGAAAUGCAAUAAAAGUAACAGAAAUUCUUUUUGGUUUUUGUGUUCAUGAUAAAAAGAUGUUAAUACUUCAAGUGUAAAUUAUAUUUUUACGAAUGAUUACAGCCAAACUAUGCUCUUAUCGACUGAAUACAAUUGUGAAUAAAGCUAUCUCACCUUUUGCUUUACAAAUUUAGACUUAGUGUAUAGUUUCAUGUUUAUUUUCAGAUUUACAGGAUUUGUAAGCUUUUAUCUUUUUGUUUGAAUAUAUCAGAACACACUUUUAAGUAAUUUUAUUGUCAUUUUACAAUUGCAUGUCUGGCCGCACUAUAACCCUUUUCGAAUGUUUAAUACGUGGCAACUUAGCAUAACGGAAACUCUAGAUCAGUACAAAUAUUCUUCCAUUUUCAUUAUGCUGGUACAAGCAGGUACUUCCAAUAUCCUUAAUGUGUCUGAUUAUCAGGCUGUUUUUCGUGACAGCGGCUGGCGUCUGAAGUGGUGGUUACAUUUUGUGUCCUGGUUACAUUUGGUGUCCUGAACCAUGAUUGCAUUUACUUACCUAGAAAUUCAGUGUGAUAACAGACCCUUCUGGUCCAACAAGUAUGUGCCGCACAAUUAUACCCACGUGACCAAUUAACCUGUACAUCUUGUUGAAUGUGCGAGGAAAUUGGAGCAUGAGAGAAAACCCACAUGAUCAUGGGGAGAACAUACAAACUCCUCACAGCAGUGGAAUUGAACCUGGGUCACUGGCACUGUAAUAGCUUUACACAAGCCAUCUCUUCUCAGCAGCAAAUUCCAGAACCAAUUUGUUGGCACCUAAAUAGAUGUUCGUGUAUUGAUUACUGACAACUUGCAGUUUGAUGCAGUGGAAACCUUUACUGCAUCUGAAGAAAAUGUGGUUCUGGUAGAUAUACUGUAUCAAUAUUACAAUAUGGGUAUUACAACUUAUACUAUUAAAAUAUUUUGA